GUUGCCUCCUGACGACCCCUUUGUUCCGCGCGCUCCCCUCCUCCUCCUCUCUGUCUCUCUCCUAAGGGCGUCUGCCGUACCUCCUCGCCCUUCUUCUGCGCCGUCAUGGAUGCUCUCUCUCUCUCCUCCUCGCCGUGGGAAUCCUCUUCGCCUCACACGAGAUGCUUUCGGCUCGCAGGGAUACGACGUCCCGCCCGCGUCGCAUUAAAGCCACUCUCCCGUAGCCCGGGCUGUCGCAGAGAGUGCCCUUGCCUACGAAGACGUAUUAAGCCUUGCCUCUAUGUGCGAGGCCGCAACAGUACGUGCUGUGGUGCAGUGGUAGCAGUCUCGUCUGGCAAUCUCUCUGACCCGCGCUCAGUUCCCGCACCGCCAGUGGAUGGCAACCCCGGCCGUUCCUUGCACAUGGGAUCAUUUAGAAGCAAAAAGAAACAAACAGCCUGUCGCACCAAAAAUAACUAUUGAAACAAAUGGAAUAAAACUAAA